UUAUAUCUUGAGUAUUAACAUGACUGAUAAAGUUCCUGAUUUUGUGCGUGGUUUUUCCAUUACUUCACGUGAAAAGCGCGCCAAAGAUAAAAGUCUCACUCUGUGCUACAAAAAAGCAUACUUUCAACGAACAAUACAUAACAGCUCAGUUAUUACUAGAACUGGAAGAAAAACUCAAACUCAAAGUAAAAAAGAUUCUUAUGGAGAUGAUGGAUUGUACUCUACAUCAGAAUCACCUCUGACAAACAAAGUAGUGAAGCCAUAUCCAUUGGAACAUCAAAUUGCUUUCUGCAAAACAGAUAAUCAAGUGAGUGGCAAGAUUUUAGAAGUAGCAAUCAGGGAAGUCAAUAUUUUUCCAAUUCCAAAUGUCAGCAAAACUCCACCAACUAUAACAAGUGUGAUUCUAUUAUUCAAAAAUAAAGUUAUUUGCAAAACAAAUCAUCCAUUCAAUAGAAAAUUGCACAAGUUAUUUAUAAGAAAUGCAUUAGAUUCGAGCAAUCUCUCAUUACAAGUUCAAGCACGAGGAGGGUUGCUCAGUACUUUACCACUCCCACUUCCAGAGCGUUGCAUAAAAAAUAAAAAAAUAGAAAUUGAAUUUGCAAUUGAUGACAAUAAUAGUUUCAUUUAUUCUGGCACAGUUGUUUGUACAAUUUCAUUAAAUAUCACAGGCUCCAAUCCAAAGACAGAGGCAACCACUUAUUUAUACACACCAUCAACAAAUGAUCCCAAUGAUCCUAGAAAUAGUUUUUCAUUUGUAAAAUCUAAAACUGAUAGUCACAGUAAACAAGUUCGUUAUUUUCUUCUGCAUGAUCCUGCUCUUUGUUUUCCCGUAUCAGCAGCAGAUGAUUUUCACAAACACAGUUCGAAGGUCAAGAAAAUACUGCCCAAGCCACCAGAUAUUGUCAUUGCUGAACAAAUGUUUUCCUUACUAGAUAUAUCUUUGAAAAAUUGGUUCCAAGAAAGAAGACCACUGAGACCAUCUUCAGGAACAAUGCAUGCUCCAAAACAUCAUGCUGGUCGUAAACAAAUUCUUACAGUGACCGUUUUGAGAGGUGUUGAAGUUCCGGUAAGAGAAGAGUCAGCACUUGUACAACCUAUCAUUGAAGUUGAAUGGGAGGACAUCACUAAGUCGACUUCAUCAUCUGAUGGACCUGCUCCAAUCUGGCAGCAAACUGUUCAGUUUGAAAUCCCUACUUUAAAAAUAAGUGGUGAGCACUGUGUGAAGAUAAGACUUUUUGAUCAGCAUCCAGUUUGGGGUCUUCAGUGGCUUGGUGAAGCAAGGAUUCCAAUAGAGUGCCACAGGAAUUAUCAGCAGUUGGAACGUUGGAUAGGCUUGUCUUCGUUAUACAAUCCAACACUUUCAUUUGGCUAUGUACAAGCUAGUCCAGGAUACUCGUACACAAGAAUUUACGUCCUCAUGAAGAUGGAACAGAUGGGUGUAAUGAAUCCUGUAGAUAGUAGUUCAGUAGAUACACUGUCCAAAGCAAUACAGCGAUGCCUCGUGGUGCCUUAUAAAAUAUCGGAAAUUGAGGCUCCUGAAGAUGCUGCAAGUCUCGUGAUGCUCUUGGCAUCUUUGCCCGUUCAUUAUGGGCCUCUUACUCCCAGGCAAGCUCUAAAUUUGAACAAAGUUGACCAUUACGGUCGCUCUGCGUUAUUGGCAGCAUUGCUUCAAGGACUUGGCAUGCAGUCAUAUGUACUAUUAGGAUCUUCCCAAACUCGAAAGUGGGCAUCUUUUGUACUUACUAUUGGCGAAAACUCAAGUGUAACAUUGUGGGAUGCUGAAAAUGGCGAUCACUAUGAAUUACAAGAUAACCGAUGUUCUCUAAUAAGCGUAUCGCGGAUAAUAAACCAUCAAAACAUUUGGGAAAAUACUCAAAAAUCAAUUGCACCGGUCAAUUUGAAAUACGAUCCGAAAACUAGUAAAGAUUGGCAGAUGAUAAUCAGCAAUGCCGCGACGUCAGGCUCUCGCACGGUGCAAACUGUUGAUUUAAAUAUUGCGCAAGAAAAAGAUGACGAAGAAAAAGACGUGACGCAAGAAAUUGAAGAAAAUCUUCGGGAAAAUUUGACCCAAUGGAGAACUAGUUUGGAACUUCCGACAAUUUUCAACAGACACGCUGACUCUAUUCUGCGCGAGAUUUUGACUCAAACCAACGAUCCGUCAAAGAGUCCAUUAGAUAAGAAAGACUUGAGGCAACUUUACAGAGCAUAUUAUACACAUGGCUUCAUCGUGAACGUUAGAUACACAGAUCUCGAAGAUCUGUCAAACUUUUUGCUGUCAACGAAAACUCAUGCAAUGACUGGGCCAAUUGAGUUCGCUCUAGUUUGCCAAGUGAAAAAAUUAGUCGGAAAAAUUCGCUCUAUCUGGUUGGCUGUUGUUAUUUUAAGAAAUAGGACGUAAUUUUAGCUGGGAGUAGCACUUUUUGAUACUUUGUAUAUUAGAAGCGCAUCUGAUGGUAUAAAGUCACAUAUGAAUGAAUGUAAACACAAUUUUUUUUUAAUAAAACAUUGCUCAGCAAUGACUUUUUAUAACAAUAAUAGUAAUAUUCGUUACAUUGUGAUAUCGAUUAACAUGUCGAUGGUACUUUUUAUCCACGAUUCAAAAAAAAAAAAAAAAACA